CUCCUCCCCUUCUUGCUAGUAGUAUAUAACAUCCCCCGAUCCCGUCCCUCGCAAAAUUUCAGGCCUCUCGCCGCGCCAUUUCCACCUUAAAACUGAUCCCUUCGCUUGAAUCUCCCUUCUUCUUAAAAUAGAUCGCGCGCGCAUGAUGACAGUCGACCUUGGCCUGCAGGCGGCGCCGCCGCCGUCGUCUUCCGGCGGCGUGCCGAGCAGUUGCACGGCGCUGCCGCCGGGGUUCCGGUUCCACCCCACGGACGAGGAGCUCAUCGUCCACUACCUCCGCAAGCGCGCGGCCGCGGCGCCGUGCCCGGCCCCCGUCAUCGCCGAGGUCGACAUCUACAAGUUCGACCCAUGGGACCUGCCAGCCAAGGCGGUUUUCGGGGAGGCGGAGUGGUACUUCUUCAGCCCGAGGGACCGCAAGUACCCCAACGGCGUGCGCCCCAACCGCGCCGCCGGGUCAGGCUACUGGAAGGCCACCGGCACCGACAAGCCCAUCACGCUCUCCUCCUCCUCCUCCUCCUCCGCCGCCGCCGCCGCCGGCAUGAUCGGCGUGAAGAAGGCGCUCGUCUUCUACAGGGGGCGGCCGCCCAAGGGCGUCAAGACGAGCUGGAUCAUGCACGAGUACCGCCUCGCCGAGGCGCUCCACGCCGUCGUCAACGCCUACAGACCCACGCGGUUCAAGAACAACGCCUCGUCGUCCAUGAGGCUGGACGACUGGGUGCUGUGCAGGAUCUACAAGAAGACCACCCCGCAGCUGGCGUACAGCAUGUCGCCGCCGCCGCACGAGGAGGUGGAGGCGUCGUCGACGUCGUUCAUGGACGGCGGCGGCGGCUUCGACCUCAGCCGCCUGCACCCGGCGGACGACUCCGCCUCCGUCUCCGCCGACGACGACAUCAUGGCGUUGGCGGCGGCGGCGGCCACGUCGUACUACGCCGCCCGGCCGCUGCCGCGCCCGGCGUCCAUCUCGGACUACCUCCUCGACUACUCGGCCGUGUCCGAGCUGUUCGAGGCCACCCCGCUAACGGAGACGACGGCGCAGCCCGGGACGGCGACGGACGCAGCAGGCGGGUUCUACUACGACUUCGGUAACGGCGGCGGCGAGCCUGCUGCAGCCGCCUCCGUAGUAGCGCAGCAGCAUCAGCUGAGCCCACUCAAGAGGCGGUCUUCCGUGGACGAGGAUAACUGCAACGGUGGCAUUACUGACAUGCUGCACGCUUCGUCGUCGUCCAGCAGCAAGAGGGUGAUGGGCGAUCAUCACUCAUCGUCGUCGUCCAUGGCUGCAAACAGCUCCGUGUUUGAGCCCGGACAGACUUCUUCUCAUCAGCUGCACGACAGAAUAUGACGCAGCAGCAUGCAUGCAUGGGUGGUCGCUCCCUCGCUGCUGAUUAUGCUAGGGCUAGCUAGGAAAGAAUACCGCUGCUGAUUAUUAAUUUCAUUAGUAUUCAUGAUUGAUAAGGAAGGAAUUCAACAUUUAUGGAUUAUUAGUAUAUAUUAUAUAUGUAGUUAUAAAUAAUAUAUAUACUUACCCAAGUUUAUAUUGUAACUGUGUAAAAAUAGAUUGAUUAGAGCAAAAGGAUAUUUACAGUGACGAUUUCACUGGCUAUAGUUAGAUCUGAUUGUAGCUAGAUGUAAUGCACCUAGGUAGCUAUAGGUUGUAACAUGCAUGUAAGAACACAUUUGUUGAAUAAGAUCCCAUAAUAUGUAUAAAAAUCUGUUUUCCAUUA